CAGACGGCUGCGAGAGGCAGCGGAGGGCGAGAGCGCGGCGGCGGCGGCUGCGGCCGUGCCCGGCGGGGCUGGCAGGCAGCGGGCCCGCACGUCAGCGGGGCGGGCGGCGGCGGCGCCGUUAAAGGCCGGCGGCGGCAGGGGCUGUGCUCGGAGCCGGCGGCGGAGCGAGGCAGAGAGAGGAGGCGGCGGCGGCGGCUCCUCCGGCCACCAUGUCGGGCACCCGGGCGUCCAACGACCGCACCAGCCACGCCGGCGGCGGCGGGCUCAAGCGGGCGCGCAGCGAGCCGGGCGGUAACAAAGUGACGGUGGUGCUGGGGGCGCAGUGGGGGGACGAAGGCAAGGGCAAGGUUGUUGACCUGUUGGCCACCGAGUCGGACGUGGUGUGCCGGUGCCAGGGUGGUAAUAACGCAGGUCAUACUGUGGUUGUUGAUGGGAAAGAAUAUGAUUUCCACCUGUUUCCUAGCGGCAUCAUUAAUCCAAAGGCAAUUUCUUUUAUUGGUAAUGGAGUGGUUAUACAUUUACCAGGCCUAUUUGAAGAAGCUGAAAAGAAUGAGAAGAAAGGUUUAAAAGACUGGGAGAAAAGACUGAUUAUAUCAGACAGAGCACAUAUAGUGUUUGACUUUCACCAGGCAGUAGAUGGGCUCCAGGAAGUGCAACGUCAAGCACAAGAAGGAAAAAAUAUUGGCACAACAAAGAAGGGGAUUGGACCAACAUAUUCUUCCAAAGCUGCACGAACAGGUCUUCGAAUUUGUGACCUCCUUUCUGACUUUGAUGAAUUUUCUUCAAGAUUUAAAAAUCUGGCACAACAAUACAAGUCAAUGUUUCCAACAUUGGAAAUAGAUAUAGAAGGACAACUGAAAAAGCUAAAGGGAUAUGCUGAAAAAAUAAGACCGAUGGUUCGAGAUGGUGUAUAUUUUAUGUAUGAAGCUCUUCAUGGCUCCCCAAAGAAGAUCCUUGUUGAAGGAGCCAAUGCAGCACUACUUGAUAUUGACUUUGGCACGUAUCCUUUCGUGACUUCAUCGAACUGCACUGUAGGUGGUGUAUGCACUGGACUUGGCAUUCCCCCCCAGCACGUUGGUGAUGUGUAUGGCGUGGUGAAGGCGUAUACUACUCGGGUGGGAAUUGGAGCCUUCCCCACUGAGCAGAUUAAUGAAAUUGGAGAUCUUUUACAGUCCCGUGGCCACGAAUGGGGAGUAACAACAGGCAGAAAGAGACGCUGUGGCUGGUUAGAUCUUGUCAUUUUGAAAUAUGCUCAUAUGAUCAACGGAUUCACUGCCUUGGCCUUAACAAAGCUGGAUAUUCUUGAUGUCCUCGAUGAGAUUAAAAUUGGUGUUGCUUACAAAUUGGGUGGAAAAAGAAUUCCAUAUUUUCCAGCUAAUCAAGAGAUAUUACAGAAGGUGGAAGUAGAGUACGAAACAAUGCCUGGGUGGAAGACUGACACAACUGGUGCACGAAAAUGGGAGGACCUCCCACCCAAGGCCCAGAAUUACAUCCGAUGUGUGGAAAACCAUGUUGGAGUGCCAGUCAAAUGGGUCGGAGUUGGAAAAUCAAGAGAGUCAAUGAUCCAGCUGUUUUAAACAAAGGAAGAACUUCAGUGAUGAGAAGCACAGUUCAGCGUUCAUCUGUUCCUUACUGCUGCUUCUUCAAAUGGAGACGCUGUGUAAAACCAACAUGUUCUUCUAGGAAUGGAAUAGAAACAAAAUACGUAUUCUGCAUUGUAUCAUUUUAUUUAUCUUAAAUGUCUCAGUACGUUCACUGUAAAAUCUACUUGGUGGCCAUCAUCAAAAAAAAGUGCAUAACAAAAUAAGGAAAAUAUAUAUUUUAAUUUGAGCCAUGUUACUAUUUGAAAGACAUCCAGAGUUAUUCCUUCUUGCUGAAGCUGGUAUUAAGCCUUUUCCAGCAGUUACUGGGUGACUUUAGAAUUGUAAAGAUUGCAUUUAUUCUUCAGGUGUUUAAAGUCUGUGUCUUUAGAUUGGCAGUAAUAAAAGAGACACUGUGUACUUAGAGUGUAGGAUUAUAUAGAUUUUCAAUUUAUAAAAUACAGUAAAGUUAGGUAGGUAUUUUUGACUGCACAAAGCAAAGCAAAUACAAUUAUCUAUAAUUUUUAUAUAACUAUUUUUUUAAUAGCCCACUAAAAUGUAUGGAGAGAAGCUAAAGUAUUUUUAUCACAGAGCCUAUUCAAGUACCUGAAGUGACAUCUGCAGAGGGGCCAAGCUGGAGAAAGUUGACCUAAUAAUUCUUUCAAAUACCCUGUGUACUAACAGGCAGUCCCUGUGGAGACUGUCAGAUGUGCAGUCUUCAUUUUAUGCAGUAGGUAAGGAGUGAAUGAAGAUGGAGGAAAGGUCCUCAGGGUACAGAACACAUGGGGAGAGUGGAGCCAAAACAACACGUGUUUUCUCAGUGAACCUGAGAUAUUUCUUCCUGCUAAUGCAGUGAUUGUCAUUUCCAAAGUUUUACUGGAGUUAUCUGUUGAGGAACUUGGGACUUGCGGCUCUGUAUGGCACACUUGCUUCCACAGCUCCAAUGUUUCCAAGAAUAAAUCAAUGCAUGACUUAAUGAUGACUGCUGCAGUAUUUACACCCCUCACACAUAUUGACCUUCCUCAGCAAAAUGUAAUACCUAAUAAUAGAAGGGGAUGACAUAUGGCAGCCAGGGUUCAGACAUGUAGAAGCCGUGGAGAAGUCCCCAGAAUCUUCAAGAAGGUUGGAUUUCUUUGUGGAACUUCUAUAAUGGCUAUAUUGCAAGAGCUCUCAAAAAAAGACCUACCUCUUGUAGAGGAAAAAGAAUACGCUAGAAGCUGAGUUAUUCCAAAACUGGAAUUUUCAGAGUAGUUGUUUCUUUUCUAUAUAUGUCUCAGAGAGCUAUAAAAAUAUUUUUAUAUCAUUCCCUGAGGCUGUGGAAAAAGGCAUCACAACCAGUAAUGUCAUUAUGUAAUGUGUGAAAAUAAUCCCUUUUCUGUGAUAGUAACUCAAAGGAUACAAGACAAUAACAUUCUUUGCAUCAGAGAAGGGGAGAAACAAAAACCUAUCUUGUGUAGCUCAUGUUCAAAUCCAUUUGUGUUAAGAAACAAUUGCAAAAGUACCAGUGUAAGCACAUAGCAUGCGCUUAUUUUAACUCUUUACAGAUGUGUUGCUGCUGGUAGGGCAGAAUUUUUACACCUUCUCACUGCAGUACCGUCUUGUCCUACCCAGGUCACCACAGACUAUGGCUUCAUGCCUUAAUCAAAUGCUUAACAUCUAAUAAAAAGAUCCCAAAGUUGUGAAUCCAUAAUUCAGCCCCAAUUCCUUUGUUGGUCUUUGACAAGUCAUUUAAUUUCUAUUACCGUUUUGCAAUCUAUAAAUUGGCAAUUAGGAAAACUUCCUCACCUAUUUUACACUAUGUUUCAGAUGUCUGUGGGACAAGUCCUGUAGUCCUUGCUCUAAAAUACGUGAAGAACCUCUAGCCUUCAUAUUAAUGAGUGCUCUUAUGAAAGAGCAAUGAGAUUUGUGACCUUCUUUAAUGUUUGCAAAGCACUUGUGAAAGGUGCUUGGUAAGUACUAAUUAGUACAAGCACUGUGAAAUAUAUGUCAUUUAUAUGAGGUAAUUUAAGCAUAAGGAUGCUUGGAGAUGCGGUAAUUAAAUUUUGUUUUCAUGUGGCUUAACCUUGUGACAUUGGCCUACUGGAUGGUCUAGAUAUAUUCCUUUUCUUGGCCUCAUUUUCACAGGUGUAUUUGUGUUAGGGAUGGACACUACAUUUAAGCUUUAUUUGAUUUAUAGACUAAGUCCACAACAACUAAGAAGCCACUUGGUGCACUGAAUAACUGGAUUCAAUCUGAGGGAAGUAUUUGGCAUAUUAAAAAGAAUAAAUAAAUAAUAAAAAACUACAGUUUUAACCUUAAUUUUCACAAGAUUACUCUCGUUUGCCUUAUCUUUCACUUUCCAGUAUUUUUUUCCAUUAAGUCUCCAUUAGGUGUACAUUGCCUGUAGUUCCAUUCGAGGUUUCUUCAGAAACACAGUGAUGUUGACAAUGGACUUGAUACAGUAGACAAUUACCCUGUGAUUUACUCUUUUGCAGUAAAAAUAUCAUGCAUUUCAUUUCAUAGCAUUUUUUUUAAUGAAAUUUUACUCCUACUGAAUUUCACGUGUUGUCAUUGAAUUAGAUGUGAAUAAGUUCAGUUUUUUAUUGAAAAGCUCUCUAAUCUACUGAGUGACAUAAUGCUUGAUUAGAACUCUUUAAAUGUAAAGCUGUUUUCAUUCGGGCUGUUUCCCAUUAUUUGUUGGAUUAUUUUGGAUUGUUUGGAAUUUCAUUUUAAUAACAAUCACUGUGAUGAAUUUGACUUCUUCUUUCUCCCCAACUAAAUGCAGUAAUAAUGACUGAAAUAGGUUGAUGCAUCAUCCUGUUAGAUAUCGUGAUGGAAGAAUAAGGGUAAAUGUCUACCAAAACAACACAAUUUGUUGGAAAAAUUAAAGUUUUUAAAAAGCAGCAACUACUGAUUCACUCAUGCACAUUAAUAUAGUUGACAUAUUUGCUCACACUUACCCUUAUAACAUGGCCUUCUUAGUCAGGUGUGUGCUUCUAACACGUGCAGUAUAGGAUUUUGAAGCUUUUGUAAUUUUUAAUUUGGCUUUCUAUGGUCUGACAGUUCUGGCAUGAUGCACUUUAUAAAAGGAAAGAAAAGCAUUUCCAUAGUAAUGUGCAAACUAUGCUUACAUCUUUCCCUCUAUGCAGAUUUUUCAGAUGAAUUUUGGAUCCACACCUGUUAUUUUGUCCUGGAAGACACAUUAAAAUCAAUUUGAAGUAA